AUGUGGUCCAAUUUGGUUCAUGAAAUGACGGCUGAGUUUCGCAGUCCAUCUGCUGAAGAGAUCCCUGUUUUGAAAGAGUUUAUAGUCUUAAUCCUUUGUACCUCUGGCCCGCUGCAACCCAUGGGUCCAAGCUGUAGCUCAGGAGCCUCCUCGCACUCAGAUUACUCCUUAGUUAACUGCUGGAACUUAAGAGGUACGUUGCAAAAUGUGUCCACAAUUAUUGUUCCACCUCAUGGAUUGGCUGAGAGCAUCCUAUCACCACAAAACCAAGAAGUUUCACCACAAAAGAUUAUAAAGACUGCGACGUCUUUGCCCGAAGUUCAAAGAGUGCCAAAUCUUGUUGGUGGCAGCUUUAUGGAUUCACAGUCAUCAGAAUUAAUUGAUGUCUUGAAUCCGGCAACACAAGAGGUAGUUUCUCAAGUACCAUUAACUACAAAAGAGGUGUUCAAGUCUGCAGUAUCAGCUGCAAAACAGGCCUUUCCAUCCUGGUGCAGCACACCAAUAACAGCACGGCAACGCGUUAUGUUUAAGCUGCAAGAUCUUAUUCGUAAAAACAUGGAUAAGCUUACCUUAAACAUUACCACUGAACAAUGGAAGACACUUAAGGAUGCACAGGGUGAUGUGUUCCUUGGGCUAGAGGUGGUGGAACAUGCUUGCGGGAUGGCAACACUGCAGAUGGGAGAGUAUGUUUCCAAUGUGUCAAGCGGAAUUGAUACCUAUAGCAUUAGAGAACCUCUUGGUGUUUGUGCUGGGAUUUGUCCCUUUAACUUCCCUGCCAUGAUUCCCUUAUGGGUAAAUCUAGAAGACGCUGCAAACGGCGAGAGAAGAACACGACGGAGGAAGGACAACGAUUCUGAUCAAUCUCACAGAGGCGAUGCAGAAAGAAGAGCUCAAACGACGGAGGAAGAAAGAAUCCAAAAACUUGCUGAUGCCGAGCGACGCAGACGACGGAGGAAGAAGAAGACGGAGAAAGAAGAAUCUCCAGCCCAAACACCCAACCCUAGUUGCGCCGGAAAUAGAGAAUCACCCUUCACACGCGACUAG